GACGCGGUGCGAGCGCUCCCCGGCUCCUCGGCGGCCAUGGCGGUGGCCGCGCCGGUGGACGUCGCGCAGGUUCCUGUGAACUCAGAACUAAUUAUGGCCCAGAAACAGGGACAGGUGAACUUUGAGGAUGUGUUCGUGGGUUUCUCCCAGGAAGAGUGGGAACUCCUUGAUGAAGCUCAGAGGUUCCUGUACCGGGAUGUGAUGCUGGAGAACUUUGCUCUUGCCGCCUCAGUUGGGCAUUGGCGUGGAGUGCAGGAUACAGAGAUACCUUGUGAGCAGAGCAUUUCUAUAAAAGGAGUGUCACAGACCUGGACCCCUAGGGGAAGUCCUACCCAAAAGGCUCAUUCCUGUGAGAUGUGUGGCCUUGUAUUAAAAGACAUUUUACACUUGGCUGAGCACCAGUUAGCACAUGCUGGGCAGAUUCCAUACAUGAGUGCAGUAUAUGGGAAGCAGUUCCAGUUCCCUGCAAACCUUCACCGGUACCAGAAGCAGCAUGAUGAAGAGAAGUCCUUUAAGAGGUCAGAAAGCAGGACUAUUCUUCAGAACCACUAUUCUGUCCAGCCCUCACCAAUGCCUUUUACUACUGGGGACAGCUUUAAGGACUCACCAAGCAGCUCAAGCAUUUUCCAACACCUACGUGGCAGUAGCACAAGGGAACAUGCCUUUUACAAUGCUUUAAGGCAGUACAAAUGCAAUGAAUGUGGGAAAGCCUUCAGCCGCAAAGACUCACUUGUUCAGCACCAGAGAGUCCAUACUGGAGAAAGGCCUUAUGAGUGUAGUGAAUGUGGGAAAACCUUUAGCCGCAAACCUAUACUUGCUCAGCACCAGAGGAUCCACACUGGUGAAAUGCCUUAUGAGUGUGGCAUUUGUGGAAAGGUGUUUAAUCAUAGUUCUAACCUAAUUGUACAUCAGAGAGUCCACACUGGAGCAAGGCCAUAUAAGUGCAAUGAGUGUGGGAAAGCCUACAGCCACAAAUCCACCCUUGUUCAGCAUGAGAGUGUACACACUGGAGAAAAGCCUUAUGAAUGCAGUGAAUGUGGGAAGUACUUUGGUCACAAAUAUAGGCUCAUUAAACAUUGGAGUGUUCACACUGGAACAAGACCUUAUGAAUGCAUUGCAUGUGGGAAGUUCUUCAGCCAAAGUUCUGAUCUUAUUGCACACCAUAGGGUUCACAAUGGUGAAAAGCCAUAUGUCUGCAGUGAAUGUGGAAAAGCCUUUAGCCACAAACAUGUACUUGUUCAGCACCAUAGGAUUCACACUGGAGAAAGACCAUACAAGUGCAGUGAAUGUGGGAAAGCCUUCAGGCAAAGGGCCUCUCUUGUCCGGCACUGGAAAGUUCACACUGGAGAAAAGCCUUAGGUUGGCAGGAACUGCUCCAUGUCUUUGCUCACCAUAAUGAGUGACACCAGAGUAAAGAUCACUCGUCUUGUGCACUGACUAUCAGCCAGAUACGGAGCCUCGUGCAUCUGAACACCCACGCUGAGAUCUUGAGUGCCAGCUACAUGGGAAGCUUCCUAGGGCCAUGUUGCAUUUUCUAACCUAGGUUCCUUGCCAAAAUUCUACCACUGCCAUUGCCUCUGACAGAAGUCACUUUUAUUGCACUAGCACUAUCCUGCCUUGUGUACGUCAGUGAUUUAAAAGGCAAGUCUCAGUGCUCCUCUUUUCCUUGAAGGAAAUCAUUAGAAGCCUGAGUCCAUCAAAGACUUUCAUUCCUUACUGCCCUACCCAAGUUGAUUUAAGUGUGGAUGUCAUCCAGUUUGGGCCAAGAAGAUUCUGUGAGCUCUGCCCAUUUCCUUUCUUCAGGACAUUGCUGGUCUCAUGUAGCACUCAUGACAGGAUGUCUAACCCCCAAGGCACCUAAUUCAAAACUACCUGCUUUGUCUUGUUCUGGUGUUGAGACAAAUGCCUUAAUUGUACUCUGUAACCAUGAGGUGCUUUUCGCUUUGUGGGUGGAGUGCGAGACAGAAUUGGGUUCCAUAAGCAUGGAGGGAUAAACAGCUUUGUGAGAGUGAUAGCUGUGCGUGUCUCAUAGGUGACAGGAUGGCCCAGAACAGCUCUCAUCCAGGGUCAGCCCAAUGUGCAUUGCUGCAUAAGUGCUUCUGAGAAAGGGUACUGAUUCUCAUAGACCAACUCUUUGAGUCUGUGACAAAAUUACUUCUAUGGGCAAGGUCACCCUGGUCACUGGGCAUUUGUUAGACAAUCCAAUGUGUCUAGAGACAGAUUGAAUUGGAUUUGUUGUUUUCAGAGUGUAUUUCAUAUUGCUAAGUUCAUUUGAGAACGUGACCCUUUAGGCCCUGAAGUCUGUCCCUGGUUGGCAAUAUCCCUGGUCCCAGUCAAAGUUAUAAUUAGUACAGGAACACUGAUAGGGAGUUGGAGGCUACAGCAUACUACAGGGAAUCUGUCCCUUCUAAGAGUGAAUCCCUAGUAGCUGAGCAUGGUUGGAAACCCAUGUAGUCCAGCUACUCAGGAGGCUAAAACAAAGAUUCCUUGAGCGCAGAAAUUCAGAACAGCCUGGGCAACAUACCUAGACCUUGCCACAAUAAAUUGAAGUUAUCAACAUGUGUUUUAUCUCUGUGGCUUUGUUUUAAGAGUUUACAGAAAACUAAGAACUUGCAGAACUGUAUUGUCUAUUUUCUGCAAUAAAUUUCACUUAGUAGUGCAUAGUUUCAUAAUGAAUGCACAUUUUACACUAGUGAAACCGAAAGUUACCCAAUUGCCUUCAUAAAGUCUCCUUUCUCCAAUCAACCACCAAUUUACUGCCCCUUGAUUUUAUACAUAUGGAAUAAUGCGAUAUGCACUCAAAUUAACUGAUUUGUAGUCUGCAUAAUUAACUUUGACUUAUCUGUACUGUUCUGUGUCUCAGCAGUUUGCUCUUUUUGUUAGUAUUCCACUGAAGAUAAUUAGUUCCAAAACAGGUGACCUAGAGAGAACUCACAGAGGAGCCAAGCCAUGGUCUGUGCUGUAGCUUAACCUGGACCUGCUAUGCAGCACUUCUGAUACCUUCUGUAAGUGACGUGGACUCAUUCUGGUGACGGGCAGAAGGGAACUGCAUGAAGGUGAGAUGAUAAGGUAGGAACUGAGGGGACGUUUUCACUUAGCCAAAAGGCCAAGAAGUAAUGGGGGUUUUUUCUUAGAUACUAAUAACUAUAGCACUAUGUGUUUCUCUUCACAGUUUUUAUUUUUAAGACAGGGUCUCGCUAUGUAGUUCAGUCUGGCCUUGA